AUGACCAUGAUGAAUAAUAAUAAUAUUGUUAAUAAUGACAAUGGGACUAUAAGUAUAACAAGCAGUUUAUUAAGUAACAAUGAUAAAAAUAUGAAUAUAAAAUCUAAAUUGGGAAUAAAUAAAAAUGGCAAUGUUGGUGGUGGAUUGCAUGAAUCUUAUCAGAAGUCAAUGUUAUCUUCAUAUAAUAUGAGCAAUGUUCCAAUGCCAUCAAUUAAUUAUCAUGCUAAUAAUAAUGUAAUGAAUAGAUAUAACCCUAUGAAUUAUUCAUUACAAGAAAUGAAUCCAAAUAUGCAAAUGACCAAUAAUAGCAUGAAACAAAAUUCUAUGCAAAGUAAUGAUUUGUUAUUAAAACAAAAUAAUAAAGAUCAAAAUUAUAUGUAUUAUCAAAGGAAUAAUUCAAAUAAUUUUAAUAAUAUGCAUGGAAAUUUUUAUCCAUACAUGAAUAAUGGAUUUUAUGGAAUGUCAUCAGCAAACUGCUUUAAGCCAAAUUCUACCAAUAUAACAAAUAAUAACAAUAAUACAAAUAAUCCAUCUAUGAAUAAUUUUAAUCAAAUAAAUGGAUCUUUUCCAUAUGAUAAUACAAUAAGAAGUGGUGUUGGCCCCAGUACAACUUCUGGUGGCAUUAACAAUACUAUUUCUAGUAACAGUAAUAAUAAUAAUCCAAAUUUUCUGAAUACAUUAAACCCAGUAAACUAUGGUGAUAAUAUAAAUUGUAAUUCAAUGAAUAAUAUACCAAAUAAAGACUCUGAGAAUUUGGAUAAAUCAUCUCAAAUAAAAUCUUUAUCAAAUAACAUGAAUGCUAAUAAUUUAAAUAUGUCACAUUAUGUUAACAAUACUGCUGUUACGAGCGGUACAAAUAACAACAGUAAUAAUAACGGAAUUAAUUCCAAUGUUAAAGAUAAUAUGAGCAAAAUGACAAAUAAUAAUUUUAAAGGCAUAGGAAGUAUAUGUAACAAUAUUCCUCCAUACCGAUUAAACAGUGAUCCACAAUUAGAUAAACAACACAAUUCUAUAGAUGAUAUGAAUAAUAAUAAUAAUAAUAAUAAUACACGAUCUCAUCCUAUGAAUAUGUAUAAUAGGAUGGAAUAUGGUUAUGAUAAUUUUAAAGACGAAAAUAUAUUAGAUAAGGAUAAAGCUAAUAUAGAUAAAUCAAGUAAUAGUAAUAACUCAAAUUUAUUAGGUGAAAAUAAAACAAAUCCCUCUAUUUCUAAAAUUAGAAAGGGGAAUAAUAAAGAUGGUGUGAUAUCAGAUAAUAAUAGUAAUAAUGGUAAUCCCAAUGGAUUGAUAAGCAAUGAUUCUGAUACUUAUAAAAAAUAUAAAAAUGAGGUAGAUACAAAUCAUAAUAAAAUGAAAGAUGGGGCAGAUGGUAUGAUAAAAGAUCCCAAAUUAAAUGAUUCUGUUAAUAGUAAUGCUAAUAAUUCAUAUGCAAUGUUUCCAAAUUAUAACUUAAAAUAUCCAAUGAAUAUGAAUAUGUUUAAUAAUAUGAAUAAUUUUAAUAUGAACAAUAAGAGUGGUAUAAAUAAUAUUGGAAGUGUGUCUAACAUGAAUGUAGAAGGUAGUAAUAUGGGUGGAAAUUAUCAAAAUUUUAAUUUAAUUAAUAAUAUGAGCGAUUUGAAUAAUGCAUACAAUAAUAUGAGCAAAUUGCCAAAUGUGAAUAAUUAUAAUAUGAUGAAUAUAUAUGGUGAUAAUCGAUAUAACAGCAAUAACACUAACAUGAAUGUUGGUGUUAAUAAUAAUAUUAUGAAUAUGAACAAUUAUAAUAAUAUGAAUUAUAUGAAUAUGAGAUUAUUAAAUGGUCGAAAUACUCCGAACAAUAUGAAUAAUGGUGAUUUAAGCACAAAUUACAUGACAGAUGGAAUGGGUAAUCGAAUUGUUAAUCAUGAUUUAAAUAACAAUAUAACUAUGAAUGAUGGAAGUUUAAACAAUGGUAAUAAAUAUGUUAGAAAAACUGCUAUUGGAAAACAAUAUGCGAGUAAUAAUGUUGUUUCUGGUUCUAUGAAGAAGAAAAGUGAAACACAAAAAGAUAAGAAGAAAAAAAGAAAAAAGAAAAAUGAAAAUAAUUUAGCUGAAUCAGAUGAUGAAGAAGAUAACGAUUUAUAUAUCAAUUCUUAUGUUAAAAAAUCAGCACCUAAAAGUAGUAAUGGUAGUAAAAGUUGGUUACAAUAUGAUAGUGUUGAAGAUAAAUAUACUGAAAAAAUGAAACGCCAUGAAAAAAAUGAUAUUUUUAUUUCACCAAAUAUUGGCGCAGUAGGGGGUAGAACCAAUUUAAGAGAAAGGAAAAGAGUUUAUAAUUAUGCACAAAUAGAUAAUUAUUACGAAACAGACGAAGAAGAUAAAAAAGUUGAUGAAGAAAAAAAUUUACUUAGGCAAGAAAAACAAAGUAUGGGAGGUAUUGAUCGUGUUAUUCAUCAUAGAAAAAUAAAAGAUUGGGAUAUUAUUAAUAGUAUUAAAAAUAAUCCAUUUUUGUUUAUAAAUAGAAAGAAGCCUGAAGAAGGUGAAAAUGGUGAUGAUGAUGAUAAUAAAAAAAAUGAAAAUUUAAUAGGAUCAACUGAAAUAUCAUCUGAUUCAUUAAAUGCUACAGAAACAGCUGGAACAGAUGGUGCUCUUGAUGUUAGUUGUCAUAAAAUAUUAGGAGGUGUUGAAAAUAUUGAGGAUCCAGCAUUGGAUGAUUUUUAUGAAGAAGAGGAUAUUGUAGAUAUAAAUGAAGUUGAGUUUUUAGUAAAAUGGAUAGGCAAAUCUCAUAUUCAUAAUUUUUUUUGUACUUAUGAAUAUUUAAGAUAUUUUAAUGGUGUAAAGAAAGUUGAUAAUUAUAUUAAAAAGAUUCGAUUAUCAUUUCAAAAAAGAAAAUAUAUGACAGCAGAUGAGAUUGAGCAAGAAAAAAUAUAUUCUGAAAUAAAAAAACAAAUAGAAAUGGAUUCGAUACAUGCCGAAAGGAUAAUAACUCAUAGGACAUGUGAAAUUACAAAUGAACAAUUAUUUUUAGUAAAGUGGACAAGUUGUGCAUAUGAUCAAUGUACAGAGGAAACAAAACAAACAUUAUUAGAUCAUAAUUUUGGGAAAUUAAUAGAAGAAUAUUUUGAUAGAGAAAGUAAAAUAUAUGGUGCUAAAGCAUUGUCAAGUAUAUGGAAUAGAGGCCCAUUAACUGCAACAAAAUUUGAUCCAUAUAAUGAGACGCCAAGUUAUUUACAUGGAAAAAAACUAAGAGCUUAUCAAUUGACAGGUUUAAAUUGGAUGGUUAGUAGAAUGAAAAGAAAUUUAAGUGUUUUAUUAGCAGAUGAAAUGGGAUUAGGUAAAACGGUUCAAACAAUUGCAGUAGUUGGUCAUAUGCUAUAUAAAGAAAAAUUAAUAGGACCUUAUUUAGUAUUAGUACCCCAAUCAACUGUAGAUAAUUGGUUAAAUGAAUUUAAAAAUUGGUUGCCUCAAGCUAAUGUGGUAUGUUAUCAUGGUAAUGCAGUAAGUAGAGAAUUGAUAAGAACGUAUGAAUUAAAAAAAGUAUAUGUACCAAAUAGAGGGUAUCGAUAUAAAUUUGAUGUGUGUAUAACAACUCCAUCGAUACUUAAUAGUGUAAGUGAUGUUGAACUAUUGAAAAGGAUACCAUGGCAGUUAAUGGUCGUUGAUGAAGCACAUCAAUUAAAAAAUCGUCAAUCGAAAAGAUUUAUAGAAUUGAAACAAUUUAUGGCUGAAUCUAAAUUAUUACUUAGUGGUACACCAUUACAUAAUAAUUUGGAAGAACUAUGGACUUUACUACAUUUCUUAAAUCCACAACAAUAUACAUAUUAUGAGGCAUUUCAAAAAAAAUAUAAUGAAAUUGAGAAUACUAGUUUAAUUGGUGAAGCUAAACAAAAGCAAUUGAUGCAAUUACAGCAUGAAUUACAUGAAGUAAUUUUAAGAAGAGUAAAAAAAGAUGUUGAAAAAUCUCUUCCAAAUAAAGUUGAAAGAAUUUUACGAGUUGAAUUAUCACCUAUACAGAUAGAAUAUUACAAAAACAUUUUAACAAAAAAUUAUGAGCAACUAGCUAAAGCAUCGGGUGGUGCAAAGAAUUCGUUACAAAAUAUAUGUAUGGAAUUAAAAAAGGUGUGUAAUCAUCCAUUUUUAUGUUGUGAGCCAAUUGAUAAAGAUGAAUACAGGGAGCGAUUAGUAUAUUCAAGCGGAAAAAUAUGUUUAUUGGAAAAAUUAUUAAUAAGAUUAAAAGAACGAGGGAAUCGUGUUUUAAUCUUUUCUCAAAUGGUGAAAAUGUUAAAUAUAUUAAGUGAAUAUUUAACUUUAAGAGGUUUUAAACAUCAAAGAUUAGAUGGUACAAUGACAAAAGAAAUGAGAAAAAAAGCUAUGAAUCAUUUUAACAGUAAAAAUUCUGAUGAUUUUGUAUUUUUAUUAUCUACAAAAGCUGGAGGAUUAGGAAUUAAUUUAACAUCUGCUGAUACAGUUAUUAUAUAUGAUUCUGAUUGGAAUCCCCAAAAUGAUUUACAAGCAGGCGCUAGAGCACAUCGUAUAGGGCAAACAAAAACGGUGCAAAUAUAUCGUUUAGUAACAAAAGAUUCUAUAGAGCAAACCAUUUUAGAAAGAGCAAAAGUGAAAAUGGUUUUAGAUACAUUAGUUGUUCAAGGAUUAAAUAAAAAACAAAAUGAUAAUGUCAAUUUUAUUGGAGGAGAAGGUAGUAAUUCUUCUAAUGGUUUUACAAGAGAAGAAUUAUCAAAAAUUCUUAAAUUUGGUUCUCAAAAAUUAUGGGAAAAAAAUAGCUCAAAAUAUUCACCACAAGAUGGGGAAGAUGGAAAACAUAUUAUAAAAGGUGUCGAUGUCGAUUUAGAUAAGAUUUUGGAAGAAGCAGAAGCUAAUGAGAACACUAAUAAUGCGAAUAAAGAUAUAAAUUCUGAAUUAAAUAGUUUGCAAAAUGGUGCUGGUAGUAGUUUUUUUAAUAGUAAUAGCAAUUUGUUUGGUAAUGGAGUUGGUGGUAAUGUCGUAAAUAAUAUUGGUGGUGGAGGAAUUGCUGAUGAUUUAUUAAGUUCAUAUAAUAAUAUUACUGAGUUUAAAUAUGAGCCUCCUGAAAAUUUAAAAAGCAAUAUAUUAUAUAAUGAUUCUACAAAGCAAGGUGAAUUAGAUGUAGAGGAGAAUGAUAAAGAUUUUUGGGAUAAAACAAUACCUUUAGAAGAACGAUUGAAAUUAAAAAAAAUGAAAGAAGAAGAAUUGUUAGUGCAUGGUCCUAGAAAAACUAGAACCCGAGAUGCUAGAUAUAAUCAAGGGUUAUAUUAUGAUGGUGGGGCAAAUAAUAAUAAUAGUGAUGGAGAUGAUAGUGAUGAAUUUACUAUUAAAUAUACUGACAAAUAUAACAAAAAUUUAAAUAAAAAAAAACGAAAAAGAAGAACCUCUACACAUAUUACAGAAAAAGAUAAAUUUCGUUUGUAUAGAUCUUUAUUAAAAUUUGGUAAUCCAACAUUGCGUUUAGAUGAUAUACAAUUUGAUUCCAAAUUAAUGAAAGUCGAUAGAAAUGUGAUUUUAACUGAGUUAAAUAUUAUUGUAGAUACAUGUAAAGAAAUAGUAGAAAGAGUAACAAAAGAAGGUAAUAAUAAUGGUCAACCAGGUUUAGCUACCCAGAAUAUAAAAACUGAUAAUGACGAUCAAAAUGAAUAUAAUAAUGAAGAAUGUAAUAAGAAUGAUACAAAUUCGUUAAAUGUAAAGAGUAAUGAUAUGAGCGUGGAGGCAAAGGGAGAGAACGAUCAACAAACUGAAGAUAUUAAUGAUGAAAAUGAUAAAAAUAAAAGAGUAAAAAGGAGUGUUCGAGCCACUACAAUUUCAUCUACUGGUGAAAAUGUAGAAGCGACUGAAGAUUCUAAGAAGGAGGAAGAUAAUAAUAAUAGUGGUGGUGGUGAUGGAUUUUUUUCAAAAUUUAUGAAAUUUACAAAAGGUAGCACUGGAGCUAAGAGAGAAGAUGGAAUAGAAGGAAAGGGAAUAAAAACUAAGGCAGAAGAUGAUACAGUUAAAGAUGAGUUAGAUGAUGAUAUAGUAAAAGAUGAAUUAAAUGAUGAAAGUGAUAAUAAUAAUAAAACAAAAGGUGAAAGAGGAAGAAAAAUAGAUGCAUAUACAUUUUAUAUUGGUACUAAUAAAGCUAAUGCUUUAGAUUUAUGUCAUAGAUUACAGUUAUUUAAAAGUUUACACGAUUUUAUAAAGGAACAAAAUAAUGAUAAUGAAUAUAGUUUUAGGUUACCAUUAAAACCUCCUCAAAAUAGUGCGAAUAAUGAAGUUGUAAAUAAUGAUGGUGUGGUAGAAAAAGUGGGAGUCAAUAAUAAAAGCGUUGUAAAGAAUGAUAAAACAAAAAAUAAAAAAGAUGACGUCGAAGCAGCUGUUACUACUACUGCAGAUGUAGAAGGGGAAGGAGAAACAGCAAUGAAUUCAACAAUUACAUCAGGAACAAAACAAGAAGGAAAAACUUUUAAUGGAUAUGAAGCUACAGAAUCAUCUAUGCUUGCAGAUGGUAAUCCUUCUGAUGAUUAUUUAAAAUUAAAAUUACCAAAUUAUAUAUUUGACCAUUUGAGAGAUUUAUCUACAAAAGAUGUAAAAGCAUGGACUAAAGAAGAUGAUGAGAAUUUAAUAAAGGGUAUUUAUAUAUAUGGUUUUGGUUCAUUCAAUGAAAUAUGUGUAGAUGUUAAUUUAAAUUUAGAGCAUAUGAAAAAUAUAAAAUGGGAUAAAAUAAAAAUGAGAUGUAUAAAAAUAUUGAAAAUGAUAGAGGAGUACACAUCUAAUAAUAAGGAAGGUACACCUGGUAAAAAACGAAGACGAGCUAGAGGAAAAAAUAAAAACCCUGAUGAAAUAAAAGAAGAAUAUGAUAAUGGUGGUAAUAAUAAUACAUCAAUUAAAUCAGAGGGAACUGGUGGAGUAAAUAAGAGCAAUAAUAUAAACGCUCGACAUACUACUAUUAAUAAUUAUGGGCGAAGGAGUAGUGAACGAGUUAAAGCUAUUUAUUCACAAGAAGAUAAAGAAACUGGAGGGAUAUUAAAGAAAAGAGUAGUAUCUUCUAGAAAGGGAGAAAGAGAUAAUAAAAAUAGCAAUCAUCUCGGAAGUAAUGGAACAACUUCUAAAUUAGAGAAUAUAUAUGAUAUUAAUAAUAAAGGAGGAAAAGGCACAUUAUUGUCAUCAUCAACACUUGAUAAAAGAAGAAGAGGUAUUUCAUCAAAAUAUUCAAAUGUAACAUUAAGAAAUGAAAAAACAAAUAGUAAAUGUAUUAUUGAAUCAUCUGAAUGUUCAUCUUCAAACGAACAUAAAAGUAAUGGAAGUGAUGAAGAUGAAGAUGAUGAGAUCAAUACUAAUAUUGUAAAAAGAUCUUGUCGUAGUGGAAGUAACAGAAGUAGUAGAAUGAAUUCAUAUGAAAACUAUAAAUUAACAAGACGUAGAAGUACUAGAACUCGGAGAGGAGGAGGUAAUGGUUCCAUUGUGGGAAGUGAAUGUAUAAACUCAAUUGAUCCUGAUGGAGAUGAUGAAUAUCAUAAUGAUCGAAAAAAAUUAAAAAAAAAAAAAAAAAAAAAAGAUAAAAAAAAAAAGUUAACAGAUGAAGAAAUUAUAGAAAUAAUUAAAAAUAGCAAUUUAAGAGAAAUGGAUCAACAUAGUAUAAAUAAAUUAACAAAAAAGCCUUUGAAAAAAUAUAAAAAAUUAUUAAAAAUAGUAAAAAAAGUAUUAUCUUCAAAAACAAAUGAAUUGGGACAAGUUGAGGAAGAAGUAUCUGAUGAUAUUCGCAAAAAAACGGAUGAACUUAUUUUCUAUAUUGGGGAUUAUUUUGGUAAAUUUUGUGAUCACUGUGCAGAUAGUGAAUGUAAAGAUAUAUUAAAUAAUUCUGGUUGGGAAUAUAUAUCUAAUUUUAUGAACGAAACAAGUGAAGAUUUAAGGGCAAAAUAUGAGAAAUUUAAAUCCUCAAACUUAAAAGAUAGUGAUAAUGCUGAUAUAACAGAGGAAAAUAUUAUCUCAUUUUUUUAUUCCAAAAAAUGUUCGGGCUUACUUUAUCCUGAAGGUGAUCUAGACGAUGGAAUGGAUGAAUAA